AGUCUCUUUAAGUACUACCGAUCGGCUCCCGGUCGAUCUUCGAUCAGUUUCGCGCUGGACGUCGAUCCUCGGCGUUCGGGUCCUCUUUCUCUGCUCUUCUUUUUCACCUGCCUCUCGCGCCUCUCCCUCGAUUCAGAGCCCCCUCCCCCCUCUCCUUUUGCAACCCACGUAGUGUACGACGCAUCUUUGCCAAACUAAAUACAACCGCGAAUCAAGGACAUAAAAGAUAAUAAAUCAUCCUUUUGGACGGUAAAAGAGAGAGAGAGAGGGUCAGUGGUUGUGCAAAAGCAGCAGAAGAAGGAGCAGUCUCGGGGGCAAAACGAAGGGCAGGAUAAUCACAAGGGGUCGGCCGGCUAUGGCCAAGAGGAGACGAUCGCUCGGCAUACGAUUGCUACUGGCACUAGCAAUACCGACCCUCUACGCUUUAUUCGCCAGCUUUGCCGGUUACGUGACCUCCGCGGGCAAAGGCCCCCAAGCCCCGGCUGCGGAGAGCUUCUAUCACUCGUCGAGGCGACUACUUCAAGCAAACGACACCGAGACACCAGUGCCCGAGAUCAGCGCCAACUGCACCCCCCCGUCGAUCGCCGAGUUCCCACCCGAUGGGUUAACGCGCGAGCAACGCCAAAAGGGCUUCCUCAUCUUCCACAUAAUAGUUGCCGUGUACUCCUUCUUCCUGCUCGCCAUAGUCUGCGAUGACUUUUUCGUUCCAUCCAUCACGAGGAUAUGCGAGAAGAUCGGCAUGUCGAAGGACGUGGCAGGGGCGACUUUCAUGGCCGCGGCCUCGUCCAGUCCGGAGCUGUUCAUCAACAUCAUCGGCACCUUCGUGACCGAGGGCGACCUGGGCGUCGGGACCAUCGUCGGCUCCGCCGUUUUCAACAUCCUCGCCGUCCCCGCGUGCUGCGGCCUCUUUGCCAGCCAGGUGCUGGACCUUGACUGGUGGCCCAUAAGCCGCGAUUCCAUGGCCUACGGCAUCACCGUACUGCUGCUGAUCGUCACGUUGCGCGACGGUCGCAUCGAGUGGUACGAAGCGUUCAUACUCGUAUUGUGCUACAUUUUGUAUAUCCUAGCGAUGUGCUUCAACACGCGCAUCAGCAGCUGCUUGAAUCUCUUCGUGACGAAGCGCCGGAGGAAGUACAGGAACCUAAGCGAGACCAGCCCACUCGUUACCAAGGACAAGUUCCACAACUCCUUUGUCCAGUCGGACCAGCAGAACGACAACUUCUUCACGAAUACCAAGGUCAAGGAGACGCUAUAUCAAGCUGGUGACUGCAACGGAGUCAUGGACGUCGAGAGCCUAGAAUUCAGCGACGAUGUCUCUGACAUUGUGAGCAUGACAAAUUGGCCCGACGAUGGCUGGGAGAGAUGCUGGUGGGUCCUGACUUGGCCCAUAAACGCCUGUCUUCUGAUCACGAUUCCCGACUGCAGGAGAAAAUCACUUAAAAACUGGUAUCCCGUGACUUUCGGCAUGUGCAUCGUCUGGAUCGCCAUGGUAUCCUACGUCGUUGGAUGGGACAUAACGAUCAUUGGUGACACGCUGAUGAUCCCGGACUCGGUGAUGGGACUGACUUUCCUCGCUGCCGGGAUGUCCGUUCCCGAGGCGGUGUCCAGCGUAAUCGUAACGAAUCAAGGUCACGGUACAAUGGGUAUCAGCAACUCGAUAGGUUCGAACGUCUUCGACGUGUUGCUGUGCCUGGGGCUGCCUUGGUUCAUCAAGGCCACCUUAUUCCCGGUGACCAGUGGCAUGCACUACGUGCAGAUCAACUCCGAGGGUCUGAUAUACAGUUCGGUCUCGCUGCUCUCGACCCUGGUGUUGCUCUACGGUGCUCUGGCCCUCAACAAGUUCAAGCUCGACCGUAAGGUCGGCCUCAUCUGUCUGGCCAUGUAUUCCGUAUUCCUCGUGUUCGCCUCGCUCGUCGAGCUCAACGUUUUCUUCGUCGUCAACCGUCCCACCUGUGCGCACUAGUUUUUUUUUUUUUUCUUUUUUUUGGAGGGAGGGGUCGUUUUUUAAUUUACACUAUACAUAUGUCCAGGGCGAUUUUUUUUGUCUUUCACCCAAGUGUACACCAGGUACCUAUAGGCUCCUUCUCUUCUGUUUCAUUGUGCGCCCUCGCAACUGUUGUUACUCUCUAACUGUGCAAAAAUGGGAUUAUUAUUUGGCGUGGAAAAAUUGCAGAUUUCGUUGCCAACUUUUUUUUUUUGAAGUUUAAAUGGGCAGGAGUAAUUAAAUAACAAAGUAUACUCGUGGAAUGUUUUUUAAUUAAAUUUCUUGAGUUGAUUGGUAACUCGAGAUUGAUAAAUAUUUUAUUGUUAUUACGGAUACAUAUAAUAUAAUACUCCAUUUUAUGCAUCAUAAUAGAAAAUAUUUAAUCACAUUUGUUAUUUGUUAGCGAUCGCGUUUGAGUUCAUUUUCAACCAACGACAUGUACGUUUGUUGUGUUGCGAAAAUAUAAUACGUAAUUAAAAAAAAAGACAUAAUAAAUAUGACAAUAAUCGCGUGUAAAUAUAUAUAGCUUAACUUGUGUAUAUCCACAUGUAUAUACGUAUACUAACGUUACGUCUACUGUAUAUUUAGAUAAAUAGGUGAUACACAUACCGUAUAUGAAUAAAUAAA